AACCAGUGGCAGCCUCCGAAAUUCUUCCCAAAGCCGGGCCUAUUCUCGCAUCCUUCCUAAUUUAAAAGGCUCGAACAUCGCCCCUUCCAAACCCUCCUUCAAAAUACGACCCUCUUUCUUUCCGCCCUCUCUCUCUCUCUCUCUCUCUCUCUCUCUCUCUCAGUCACUGUCAACGUCACCGCUUCUCUCCCUCUCUCUUUUUGGGUUUCUAGGAUUUGCAGCAGCCAUGUCUCUAAGGCCGAGCGCGAGGACGGAGGUCCGUCGCAACCGCUACAAGGUCGCCGUCGAUGCCGAAGAAGGCCGGCGGAGGCGAGAAGAUAACAUGGUCGAGAUCCGAAAGAAUCGAAGGGAAGAAAGCCUUCAGAAGAAGCGCCGUGAAGGCAUGCAGGCCCAGCAAUUCCCAGCCUUGAUCCACGCAUCCGCCGUUGAAAAGAAGCUGGAGAGUCUUCCUGCGAUGGUGGCGGGUGUAUGGUCAGAAGACAGCAACAUGCAGCUCGAAGCAACGACACAGUUCAGGAAGCUGCUUUCGAUUGAACGGAGUCCUCCGAUUGAAGAAGUUAUUGCUUCGGGUGUUGUUCCCCGUUUCGUUGAGUUUCUUGUCAGGGAAGAUUUUCCGCAGCUGCAGUUUGAGGCAGCUUGGGCUCUUACGAAUAUUGCCUCUGGAACCUCUGAGAACACCAAGGUCGUGAUUGAUCACGGGGCUGUGCCAAUCUUUGUGAAGCUUCUUGCUUCUCCGAGUGAUGAUGUCCGAGAACAGGCAGUGUGGGCACUGGGAAAUGUUGCUGGCGAUUCUCCUAGAUGCCGGGAUCUUGUCCUCAGCCACGGGGCCUUGGUUCCGCUGCUGGCGCAGUUGAACGAGCAUGCUAAGCUUUCAAUGCUUAGAAAUGCCACCUGGACUCUUUCAAAUUUCUGCAGGGGCAAGCCCCAGCCACCUUUUGAGCAGACAAGACCUGCACUUCCAGCACUUGAGCGUCUCAUUCAUUCGAAUGAUGAGGAAGUCCUCACGGACGCAUGCUGGGCGCUUUCUUAUCUCUCUGAUGGCACGAACGACAAAAUUCAAGCUGUCAUAGAAGCAGGUGUCUGUCCUCGGCUCGUGGAGUUACUUCUUCACCCUUCUCCUUCGGUGCUCAUUCCUGCCCUCCGGACAGUUGGAAACAUUGUCACUGGGGAUGACAUGCAAACACAGUAUAUCAUCAACCAUCAAGCACUUCCCUGCCUCCUGAAUCUUUUGACACACAAUCACAAGAAAAGCAUUAAGAAGGAAGCAUGUUGGACCAUCUCAAACAUCACAGCUGGAAAUAAGGAUCAGAUACAGGCUGUAAUUGCUGCUGAUAUUAUUGGUCCUUUAGUCAAUUUGCUUCAAACUGCGGAGUUUGAUAUCAAGAAAGAGGCAGCUUGGGCUAUCUCAAAUGCAACGUCUGGCGGCACCCAUGAUCAAAUAAAGUACCUUGUGAGCCAAGGGUGCAUCAAGCCAUUGUGUGAUCUCCUCAUCUGCCCUGAUCCGAGGAUAGUGACAGUUUGUUUGGAAGGGCUUGAGAACAUCUUGAAGGUCGGGGAAGCUGAGAAGAACUUGGGCAAUACCGGAGGUGUGAACCUCUAUGCCCAAUUGAUUGAUGAAGCUGAGGGGUUGGAGAAGAUUGAAAACCUUCAAAGCCAUGACAACACUGAGAUCUAUGAGAAGGCAGUGAAGAUCCUUGAGACCUACUGGCUGGAGGAGGAAGAUGAGGCGUUGCCUGCAGAAGAUGCUGCUCAACCUGGGUUCCGCUUUGGAGGAAGUGAUCCUUCUGUGCCAUCGGGUGGAUUUAACUUCAGCUAGAGGUACCUGCAGUAUUGUUCUUAUGAAGUAAUGAGUUUGGGUCUGAGUUGCAGUUGUAUGAUGCCCUGCAGAGGGCACGAUGGGCCGUGUCAGUCAGUCUGGGAGUCAUGUCGUGUUGUUUGGUCCAGUCACAGGUCGGGUUGAAAGGUGGGUGUGCUGGGAGAGCAUCUUUCAGCAGGGUGGGUAGAAUAAAGAGGUGGGUCGGAAAGGAAGAAAGACAUGCAUUUUGGGGGUCGUAUGUGGAUUGAAUGGGUGUUGGCUUUCACAGGAUGUAUUGGGUGGCAGAAAGCGAAAAUGGAUCCUUGUCAUCUUAUAAUACUGUCAAAGGGUGAUAGAAAGUAUGGAUUUUUAUUCAUUUGGUUGUAGUAAAAGCUACUGCGGAAGUAUCAAGGUGUCGAUGUCGCAGGUGAGAUACACAGGUCAAUAUAUGUGGUAGCGUCCCUCUUUGUCUAAUCUUGCUGCAUCUCUCAUGUAUAGCAAGAGCCGAAGAGCUUCCUUUUAAAGAGGUUCUGUUAUGGUGAUUUUUUGGGUUUUUCUUUUCUUUUUUCUUUAACCCCUUGUCUUAUCCUUUUACUACAAGGGGGUUUCUUCUGUCCAAGCCCUGAUUUCCAAAACAGAUAUUUGUAGUUGGUUGUGUUAAAACGUUAGAUGCUUUUGCAGCUAAAAAAAUAUCAGUAUUAUUUUUGUUAA